UUAUGACAAUAAUGUUAGAAAGAUUUUAUUCUCAAUUGGUUUUUAACAGUGCACAGGCUCUUAUCCUAUAUUAAAUUUCAAAGAAAAUAUUGACUUCACAAAAAGCCAUAACCAGUGAAAAAGGGGUGAGAAUAAUGAUUCACCAUUUUGGAAAUUUAGAAGCACACCAGAAGUGGCUCGAAAUGAACAAAAAGCUUACCAAUAAAGUAGCUCAACAGGAAUUGGCGCUUUCACGAGCCCAAAAGAAAAAUUUCAAUAUGACAAAGGAAAUGAUAGAUUUAAUGUUUACACUGAUCUUCAUAAUUUCACUGUACAAUGAGCUCAAGCAGAUAUUUCAAAACCUGCUCACAGAUCUGAACAAAACUCUCACCUCAGACGGAGACAUUUCUGUGAAUCUGCAACAAAGUUAUCAAUAUUUUGCAGAGCACUUUAAAAAGUUUGAAGAUAUUUCAUCAAUAGGAAAUUUAAGAAGUCAAUUAAAUAUGGUAACAAAGCCUGAAAGUCAGAUGCCCUUUAACCCUUCAGCGACUGGUAAACCAUUUAAGUCUAAUCCUCAAGAAUUGUAUGCCAGAAAGAAAAAUAGCCAAGUGGUUAAAUUGCAUUCUAGACAACAAGCUACCCUCAGUCCUAUUGCUGAAAUUAAAUCUCCCAAAAUAAUGCAAUAUUUUGCCAUUGAGCAUAAGCAGAUCAGGAUCAAACUUGGAGAUCUCACGACAAUUUUUCACAAUUUGUUAAUAUGCAUGUUAAUUAUCCAGUCUAGGCGAACUCAAGGUGGAAAAUUCUUUGAUAAAGGUUAUUUUUUGAGAAGUUCCAAUCAGUUCCAAUCGACCAUAAGGCAGUAUUCCACAUCAGAUAAUAAUAAUUGUGAAAACAGUGGCAAAAGAACAGAUUUCUCACAGAAUUUAAAAUCCUCUAAAAAAAAGUCCAUUACUUUCGAACCAAGUCCUGAACAAAACAUUGCUACUGUUAACUCUUUAAAAUUAAUAAAGGAAGAGGCGUCUUCAAUUUUUGAAGAAGCAACUGAGACAAAAAACAAAAGAACCAAGAAGAAAAAGUCACAAGUGUAUUCACCAAAAAAGUGCCAAUCAAGCAAAAGAAAUAGUAACUAUACUGCUGUUGAAGAAUCAUUGGAAAAUAACUGUUGUUCUUCAGAUAAAGAAAAAGGGAUUGGACCUAGAAGGUCGCUGAGGAUAAAAGAAAGAAGUUUGCUACAAAAAAUAAAUCGAUAAUCUUUUGUAAAAAAAAAAAAAUUGUUUUUAGUUGAGAUAAAAAGUCAAU